GUGGGGGGAGGGAAAUCGCCCUUCUUUUCAUGAUGAAGUGUGUCAUUGGGGGCGCCCGUGUCAGAGUGUUUGGAAGGGCUCUGCACGCCAUUGCGAGAAUCAGCGACGAAUUUUGGAUUGACCCCAAAGAAAAAGGACUUUUCCUGAGGACGGUAAAUAGUUCUAGAUCAGCCUAUGCCUGUGUCUUCUUUUCAUCCACGUUCUUCCAAAAUUAUUCCUAUGGAAAUGCCACCGAACGGAGCCUGAAUGGGGACACUGUUCAAUUCGCAUGUAAAUUAAUAAUCAAAGCCAUUCUGCCUUUAUUUCGAUGCUUGCACACACUGGAAAGAAAUGUGGAAAAGUGCAACAUUUACACGGAUGUGAACGAUUGCCAUAUUGUUUUUAAGCUGUUCUGCAAACAUGGUAUCGUGAAAACUCAUAGUUUAGCUUUCCAGGAGUGUGAACCUCUUCAAGCUGUGUUUGCAAAAGAUUUGUGCACCAAUGUAUUGAAAGUCCACUCCAGGCAGCUGUCUGACAUGCUGAUCCACUUUCCGACGUACCAAGAAGAAAUAACUUUAGGUGUGACGCCAAUGAAAGUUUGCUUCAAGACUUACACAGAGGAUGAGAUGGAAUUUGCAAAGACAGCACAUACGGAAAUUCAUCUCAGUCCUGAUGAAUUUGAAUACUUUCAAGUCGGAGUAGAUUCGGAAGUCACGUUUUGCCUUAAAGAACUGCGGGGUCUUCUGGUGUUUGCAGAAGCUCUCAGCGUCCCAGUCUCCGUUCAUUUUGAUGUAUCUGGAAAGCCGGUUGCCUUCAGCAUUGAGGAUCCGGUAAUAGAAGCCCUGUUUGUUUUGGCCACUUUAUCCGAUACCGAAAGCUGCACAACGGCCAGUAAACCAGCGUGCCUUGAGCAAAGCCAAAACAGGGGCCCUGCCAGAGAGAGAAGUAAUCAACACAUCACCAGUUGCAGGAGAAAGGCAUCCAUAGCUCCCUCCGAGGGCUUUUCCACAGGAGAGGAACCACCUCAUCCCAACUAUAAUAAGUUUCAUUCCUUGUUCUUCGGAGCAGUUUCCCCUAAUGAGCAAAGUGAUGCCAAUUUGCUUCACAAUUUGGCAACGGUGAGCGACACGGAAGAGGAUUGCGCCCACGGGCAGCUCUCUCCUACGUUUUAACCGCAGGACGUACCCGUUGGUGCAGCAGUUUGGCCUGCAGGAAAAUGCCAUUUUCGCUUAUUUUAGGUGUUUGAAUUACCCGAAUGGAUGGCAGCUGCUUCCUAUUUUACCAACUGUUUCUGCCAAAUGUUGUUUUAUCUUCAACCUAUGGAUAUUGUCGUAACUUUGUUCAGAAUUCUUUAGUUGAUUAGAUGGGAUUAAAAAAAAAUAAAACCCC